AUGAGCGACAAUGACACCAUCGACUACGAGCUCUGGCACUACACGCCCUCCCUCGCCGGCGGCAUCAUCGCCAGCAUCGCCUUCGCCCUCCUGACCAUCGCGCACACCUGGCGCCUCGCCCGCACGCGCCUCUGGUUCUGCAUCCCCUUCGUCAUCGGCGGCCUCUUCGAAACGAUAGGCUACGCCGCCCGCGCCACCGCCCACGCCUCCACCGCCUCCUUAGCCCCCUACAUAAUCCAAUCGGUCCUCAUCCUCCUCGCGCCCAUCCUCUUCGCCGCCUCCAUCUACAUGAUCCUCGCACGCCUGAUCCGCGCCUGCAGUGGUGGCGGUCACGGUGACGGUGGCGGGGGCGGCGAAGCAUACUCCCUCGUGCGCGUCACCUGGCUCACCAAGAUCUUCGUGGGCGGCGACGUCUUCUGCUUCCUCGUGCAAGGGGCGGGGGCCUCGAUGCUGGCCCGGGCGGAGAAUCAAGCUGCUUACGACCGGGGCGAGAAGAUUGUGUUGGGGGGGUUGGUGUUGCAGAUUGUGGUUUUUGGGGUUUUUGUCGUCGUGGCGGGCGUGUGGCAUUGGCGGAUGAAGAAGGGGAAAAACGGAGUGGUGGUGGUAGCAGCAGGGGACGAUGGGGGGAAAUGGGCGUGGCAGCGCUUCAUGUGGGUGUUGUAUGGCGUGAGUGGCCUUGUUGCCGUGAGGAAUGUGGCGAGGUGUGUCGAGUACGGGACUGGACGGAACUCGUUUCUCAUCUCGCAUGAGUGGUGUUUGUAUGUGUAUGACUUUAUGCUGAUGUUUGCGGCUCUGGCUGCGUCUCUGUAUUGGUAUGCGUUGCCGAUGGGUCAGCAACGGAACCAGCUUCCGGGGGGGAGAGAUGCAGAGAUGACACCGUACUAA